GGAAGGGGGGCAACUCACCACGACUGCCGAAGAAGAACAAACCCUGGUCUUUGGAAGAGAGAUUGGACCUCGCAAAGUUCGCCGGUGAGGACGACGCAAUGAUGGCCGACGCCGAAGGUGCUCAGGCGUGCAUGACGAGGUCGAAAAGAUGGGAGUGGGUUGCAGGAAGGCUUGGAGACAUCGGUUACUCUAGGACAGCGGAAGACUGCAAGAAGAAAUGGGCGGAGCUGGUGAAGAAGGUGAGGGAGAUACGGGAUGCAUGCGAAGGGUCGGGGAAACAAGCAUACUGGGACACCACGACGGAGCAACGGAGGAGGCUAGGGGUUAGCUUGACGUUCGAGCGGCAGAUGUGGGACGCUAUGGAGUGGUAUCGGUUGAAGAAGUCGGUGACGUGUGACGACACACUGGCUUCGGAAGAUUUGAGAGGGGGCGGAUCACCGAGCGGCGGCGAGGCGGGUUCGGAGGGUGGUGGGACAGAUGCUUCAGACACCGCCACCAAGACACGACGUACGUCAAGUGGGAAAGCCCGGGGGGGUGAUUCUCCAACGUCGAUGUACGGCAUGGCAUCGGUGAUGGAGGAGUCAACGAGGGCGUUGUGUGAGGGUUUGGACAAGACUGCCAGCACAUUGGCUCGUGCGUCGACGGAUGGAUCCAGGAUGGUUGCCACGGAGAUCGGGGUUGUCGUCGGCGCGAUGCGGCAGGGCAAUGCCGUUUUGGAAAUGCUUGUCGGGGUUAUGGCGGCGAGAGGUGCAGGGAGUGGUCGGGGAGCAAACGGCAACGCGUUCGGCCGGGAGAUCGACCGGAAGUCGUACCGCUACUACUCUGUGGACGUCAACGGCAAGGCGGCGGCGGACCUUGAUGUCGCAAUCGGUUACCACAAGCGACAGUUGUCGCACGUGUUGGUGUGGGUAAAGAAGCUGGGGAGCUUCAUCCCAGAUGAUUGGGAGUCAUUGACUGUGGACAUUCUUGGCGAUAUCAUCCUGAAGCUCGUGGACAACCUUGCAGAGGACCACGACUGGCGGUUGGACAAAGGUGUUUUUUCUUACACGUACCUCGAUCCGCGGCUUGUUGGUCGUGGGUACCUCCAUGGAGAGAUCCGGAUGUAGGAGAAGUUCCUUGGGGAUGGGACGGGUGGCCGGAUGAUUGCUUUACGACUCGGCUAUGGGCCUUUCCUGACGUUGGGUUCAAAAGGUGGCGAUGUUGUGGUCGAACGGCCGGCGGCUUCUUCGCCAGACGGGGAGUGUCGAAAGCGUGUGUUUCUCCACGUGGCGCGCAACGCAGAUUGCAGUUCUCGUCGUGUAUGGGAUCUUGCGGCGUUCGGCGAGAGAUGGCGUCUUUGGCAUCCACCGAUUGUCCAACGCG